AUGAACAAAUUGAGCACCAACAUGACAAACAGCAAGGAUAUGGCUGGAACAUCGUUGAUGCCAACACCGCACACGGUGACUCCCAUCAGCCGUUUACACGAGGAAAACAAAACAAGCAACACUGGCACGACAAUCCGUGAUGAGUCAAGUACUAAUAAGAUGAGCGACGAUGUCCCAUUGAAAGAAAGUCGAUUGUAUCUGCUCCGUGUUGAGGGUGCUCCUUUGUGCGCAUUGUUUUAUGUGCUGGGCAUCGCUUUUCUCGCCGUUUUUCUCUCGUUGAUGCUUAUCGGUGCGGCAUCCUCGUUUCAAACGUCCAACAUUGGCGUGGCCGCCAAUAGCUUCACUUGGAAUCAACUCAAAGGAUAUGUUGAGCAAAUGAAUAAAGAUGAGUGCACUUUC